UGGCUCCUCGGCGAAUCGGGAACUGGGAAGUCGAGUGUCGCCCAUAGCAUCUCACAGCAACUGAACGAGCAAGAACGGCUGGCGGCUACCUUUUUCUUUUCCCGGAGGCAGGAGAGACGGAACAUCCCGGGCCAUGUCUUCCUUGAUAUUGCCUAUCAGAUUGGGUGUCAGCAUCCUCAUGCCAAAGAAGUCAUCAUUCAAGCUAUCGAGAACGAUCCUGGACUACUACAUAGCGGCCAUCCGCUCGAGGAACAGUUCGAAAAGCUUGUCAAGGAACCACUUAGAGCCCUUCGUUUCUCUUGGACGAAGCCAAGAACCAUUGUUCUUGAUGCGCUCGAUGAAUGCGACCCUUCUUAUGAGAGUCAG